AUGGAGAAUACAACUUCAAGUAUAGAAUCUGAAUACAUCAAGAACCUCCAGCAACAAAUCUACUUUCUUGAACUGGAAGCCAAUUUUCUGCGUGAACAGACUAAAAAAGCCACUGAUCUUCAACCCCGCAUUACCUCUGAAACUGAACACUUGCUUCAAAAGCUAGCGGAAUUACAGUCCCAAGCUGAUGGCCUCCAUUUGGAGCUCAAGCGAAAGGAAGCCAGUUUAAAUAUGCUGAAAACAGACAGAGAACGAAUUAAUAACCAGAUCAAUGUUGCAGCUGAACUUCAUUCUAGAGAGAAGCAGGCUUUAGUAGAGGAGAUCAUACAACUGAAGAGAAGGAAGGAACAGACAGACAGACAGGCCUCUGAAAAGGAAAUGGAGUUAUUGCGUGCCAGGCAGGAAUUAGAACAGCAACAAACCAAUCUGAGUAAUUGUGAACAGAAAAUCCUUGUGAUACAGUCAAAGUUGAAGCAACGGUCAGAGCAGCAGACGGCAGUAGAUUUGCAGCUUUCUGAAAAGAGAAAGGAACUUAUGAAAGUGCAGUUUGCUGUGCAUGAAAUGGAAGACAAAAUAUUUAAAAAAACUGCAAUGAUGCAAGACCAGAUCACACAUGACAUCAGAAGUGAGAUAAGUUUUCUUCAUCAGCAAUUGAGAGAGAAAGAUCUACUGGCAGAGCAGGAUCGUUUCUUAAGAAGCAAAAUGAUGGAUGAUUAUGCAUCCCUGACCACAGAGAAUGCUGUGCUGCGUUCCCAGCUCUUGGAACUUAACAAGCAACUGAACAUAGAGAGAGCCCUCAGGGAAGAGAGUUAUACAUCUCAGUCUUCCAGCUUUACUCAACUUCUCAAAGUGAAAGACCAAGAAGAGCAUCUGAAACAUGAGAUCAAGAUGCACCAAGAGCUCUUGCAGCAGGAAAAGAAAAACUUGCAAGAACUUAUGGAAAAGGUUCAUAUUUUGGAACAAGGAAGCACAUCUCUUGACUUAAAUGUAGCAACAAUAUGUAGUCGAAUAGCUGAAAUGAAGGGUAUGCUGGACAAAGAGGAACAGGAUAAUAUUGAACUACAAAGAGAUAAAGCUUUGUUGGUAGAUCUUGUAUCUAGUUUACAAAACCAGCUUGUUGGGAGGGACAGUGAACUCUCACAAACAUCUACUAAGAUGCUGCAGCUUGAUCAGGAUAUUUCAGCACUGAAAACAAAGCAUGUGUUACGUCAGUCUCUUCAGUCAGAAAAAUGGCAGGAAAUCUCCAAAAUGGCAAGCUCGAUGAGGAAACUUACCAAAUCAAUGACAGAUGUAGCGGAUAGCAUGGGGAAAUAUUAG